GCGUGCGCUGUGUUGCAUCUGGCCGGCCCGAAACAAAUUUGGAUGGCCGAGUCGUUGGAUGUAUGCACCCCGUUGACAACUUUGGUUUGACCUGCAUCUCACAACCAACCUCAACCUCGUCGAUCUCAGAACUCAAGGAUGGCCAAGAAUGCGAAUCCGGUUCCAGGAGCGGGAACUAAUGGUAGACCGAUAGUCUUCAUGGAUAUUAAUAUCGGGGAAACCCCAGCUGGACGAAUCAAGUUCGAAUUAUUCACGGAUAUCGUCCCCAAGACAGCCGAAAACUUUCGACAACUUUGUACGGGCGAACAUCGGCCCAAUCGACAACCAGUGGGUUAUAAACACAGCAUCUUCCAUCGUGUCAUCAAAGACUUUAUGGUCCAGGGUGGCGAUUUCUUGAACUCGGAUGGGACUGGCUCAACCUCUAUCUACGGCCAAAAGUUCGAAGACGAAAACUUCAAACUUAAGCACGAAUCCGCUGGGCUACUGUCGAUGGCGAACUCGGGGCCAAACACGAAUGGAUGUCAAUUCUUUAUUACCUCAGCAGCAUGUGAUUUCCUGGAUGGAAAACACGUCGUCUUUGGCAAAGUAUUAGAUUCCGAUGGACUGUUGGUCAUGCGGAAGAUUGAGAACGUGCCCACGGGGCCGAAUAACCGGCCUAAACUGACCGUCAAGGUCACUGAAUGCGGCGAAAUGUAGUGCUCUCCCUCUCCUCACCAUCAGACACUAUUGAUACCUUUUACACAAAAAAACAACAACAAGAAUGAUUCAUAUCUUGUACGAUAAAACGAUACAAAAUAGAACACAAAAAUGACACGGAGAUAUAUAUAUAUAAUGUAUGAACAUCUCUGAGGUAGGAAGCAGAAUACACAUUCCAAGAAUCGUGGUAGAAAGGCCGAUCUUCCCCGCAAGACGCGACUUCAGGAGAGCUGAUUAGUCUGUCGAAGUCAAGCAGAUCGGCACAUGAAGAAGAGGAUGUCAAAAUGAGAAAAGACCCAUCCACGCAAUCUUUUCAGAUCACUUGUUUCCCUGGGUGCUUCGUUAUCUAAAUUUGACGAUCAA